AUGGCAACACGAACGUCUACACGUCAGGCUGCCCAGAAAGCCAAAGAUGCAAUCACAGCCUCUACCGAAACACCCGGGAAAGCUCGCCCUCUAGGAUCAAAGCGCAAAGCACCGCAAGAAAAGUCUACAGAGCCCAGGAAGGAGACGAAAUCCGAUAAGAAGCCGAAAUCGAAAUCCGAAGCGAAAGUCGAGCCGAAGCCAGAGACAACAAUUGGAGCACAGGUGAAUGAAAUACCAGAUGCGCAGCAGAGAGAAGAGAAAGAGAAGAGGGAGGGGCAAUCUCAUCCCCUACCUUCUGCCCACCCGAAGCCUGAAGAAGGUAUUGAGCUCGGCGUACACAAAACCGACGAAAGAGAAGCUGCUGUGUCGUCCAACAUUCUUGAAAAGGGGAUAAUCUACUUCUUCUUCCGCCCGCGCGUCAAUGUAGAGGACCCUCAUAGUGUCAAUGAUGUCGCUCGAAGUUUCUUCGUGCUUCGCCCUACUCCAUUGGGCGCCGAGCUCGACGAAGGCCAAGGACCACUCGACAAAGACGCUCGAUGUCGCUUGCUCAUGCUCCCGAAGAAGAAGUUCCCCACAUCGCCCAAAGAGCGAGACAUGGGAUUCGUGGAGAAAGCAGGACAGACAAUCCAAGAUCUACAGGAGAACUUCAUCGCUUCUUCGACAUACCAAACAGCCACCCGCGGUGAGCGGACCGUGGAAGAAGCUCGGCCGUACGCCGAGGGAGUGUACGCACUCACCUCGACAAAACGAGCAACCCAUCUAGCCUAUAUGUUGACCAUCCCUUCCGAGCCGGGCGAGGUCCAGGAGUCCUUUGGUCUCCACCGACGGGGCAGUUGGAUCGUGCAGUCUAAGAACCCCAAGUUCCCCGGCCCCCCCCCCAUUCGCCCAGUUACCCAAAGAGCCGGACUAUCCUGUCUCUUCGGCGACCUCCGAUGGGUGCCACUGGAGCCGGAGUUUAUCGAGUAUCCCAAUGCGCAGUUUUUGAUGAUUGGCGAGGCGCAGGAUACUCUUGGUAAAGCCGCGACAGCCGAAGAAGGGGCCAAACAGCCCCACGAGGAGGAACCAGGACAUGAGUUGGAGCAACUCGAACGGGAAAAUGAACUGCGGGUGGAAGCGCUGCAGGGAAAUGAGACCGUCUAUCGAGAUCUUGGUUUAGAUGCGCAGAAGUAUACUUCGCUGCCGACCACUUGGAAGCCUUAA